AUGAAGAGGAUUUGCGAGAAGAGGAGCCUGAAGCUCGAUCGAGCUGAGGAUCGAGCUGAGGACAACGCUCAAGGAUUGGACUUCUCCAAAGGUUCAACAAGUGGCAAGGGAAAGCCAUGGAAAGAUGCAAAAGUCCAUGGACAAGAUGGUGAGCAAGAUCAAGAGUUUGGAGAAGAAAGGUUUCUGGUUCUUCAAGCAAGAAGAAGAAGUCCAAGGCUCCCACAUUCCCUAGGAGUAGAUCACUCCUCACCACUCCAAGGAGGCUCCCUGCCCAAGAGCCUCACAGAGCCUCUCAUUUCGAGCCAAGGGAAGGAGAAGACAACUCGCAGAGAAGGAGGAAGAGUUCCAAAGAUCGACGCUCCAACUCGAUCGAGUCCAAACAGAGGAAACUCAACUCGAUCGAGCUGA